GCAUGGAAAAUCUGGACUAGUUUCUGGUACAGUAACUUGCAUUUGUGCAGUGCUUUGCAUGUAGUGACGUUCCAGGAUGAUUCACAGAAAUGUUAACUGGACAAAACUUUGCUCUAUCAACCUCCAAGGAAUUGAGUUUGGAUGCCCACUUGAUCACAGGAGGCUCCAGACUCCCCGAAGACCAGUAAAGAAACCAUCAAACAACCUCAAAGACCCAGUCGGUGUUUAUUGUCGGGUCAGACCACUGACCUCUGAAGAUACUGAAUGUUGUGUUGAACUUAUCAGUAAUACUACAAUACAGCUCCAUCCUCCUGAUGGGAUUAAAGUCAACAGGAAUGGUGAAUUCAAAGAGAUGCAGUACUCUUUUAAAGAAGUGUUUGGAGCCUUUACAACCCAGAAGGAACUAUUCAAUGUUGUCGCACGACCCCUUGUGGAAGAUCUGAUUCAUGGCAAAAAUGGUUUGCUGUUUACUUAUGGUGUUACUGGAAGUGGGAAAACGCACACAAUGACUGGAUCUCCUGGAGACGGAGGCCUUCUGCCUCGUUGUUUGGACAUGAUCUUUUGCAGUAUUGGACCAUUUCAAGCAAAGCGAUUUGUUUUCAAGCCAGAUGAUAAGAAUGCAAUGGAGGUGCAGGGUGAUGUUGAUGCUCUGUUGGAACGUCAGAAAAGGGAUGCCCAGUCUUCCACGAUUCCAAAGACCCUUUCCUCCAGGCAUAAAAUGGAUCCUGAGUUUGCAGAUAUGAUUACUGUGCCUGAGCACUGCAAAGCUGAGGGAGUUGAUGAGGACAGUGUUUAUAGUCUAUUUGUUUCUUACAUUGAAAUCUACAACAACUAUCUUUAUGACCUUCUUGAAGAAAUACCGCAAGAUCCAAUCAAACCAAAACCUCCACAAUCCAAAAUUCUUCGAGAAGAUUCUAAUCAUAACAUGUAUGUGGCUGGUUGCAUGGAGGUAGAAGUGAAGUCUACGGAAGAAGCUUUUGAAGUAUUUUGGAAAGGCCAGAAGAAACGACGUAUAGCUAACACUACAUUAAAUCGAGAAUCGAGCCGUUCGCAUAGUGUUUUCAUUAUCAAGUUGGCUCAGGCUCCAUUAGAUGCUGAUGGUGACAAUGUCCUUCAGGCUAAGGAUCAGACAAUAGUGAGCCAACUAUCCUUGGUGGACUUGGCGGGAAGUGAGAGAACUAACAGGACAAAAGCUGAAGGCAGCAGGUUGCGAGAGACAGGGAACAUUAAUCAGUCAUUGAUGACAUUAAGAACAUGUAUUGAAGUACUAAGAGAAAACCAAAUGUAUGGAACAAAUAAGAUGGUUCCAUACAGAGAUUCAAAGCUCACUCAUCUUUUUAAAAAUUACUUUGAUGGUGAGGGGAAAGUUCGGAUGAUUGUGUGUGUCAAUCCCAAAGCUGAUGACUAUGAAGAAACCUUGCUGGUUAUGAGAUUUGCUGAAAUGACUCAAGAAGUGGAAGUGGCUAGACCUGUAGAUAAACCGAUCUGUGGUCUCACUCCAGGCCGUCGAUACAGGAAUCAAGCUUUCAAAGAAGAAUUGACAAGGAAGCUAGAACUACGAGGAGGCCCCAUAUACGGAGAAGAUCCGUCUGUUGCAGAAGCUCUGCUGCAAAGUUUUGCAUCUUUACCUUCAGUUGAGAUAACUGAUGCCAAUGACGAACAAACUUUACCACGCUUAAUAGAAUGUUUGGAACAAAGGUAUAAAAUACGGCAAAUGGCAGCUGAGGAGAUGAAGAAAACUGUAAACGCUAUCAGAGGGAUGCUUCACGAUUGGGACAAUAAGUUCACAGCAAAGGAGAAUUACAUACAGGAUCAGCAAGAAAAACUGCUUGAAAAGGACCGGUUUAUAAAUGGACAGAAAGCAGAGACUGAGCGACUGGAGAAGAAAGUUAAAACCUUGGAGUACAAGAUUGAGAUAUUGCAAAAAACAGCAAAUAUUUAUGAAGAGGACAAGCGGGCCUUGCAACAUGAGCUGGAGGAGAGAGACCAAAAGCUGCAUCGAGAGCUAUCAGAUAAACGGCGCUUGGAGCAGAGAAUGCAAGGAGUGAUGACAGAUACAAAGAUGAAAUGGGAGAAAGAAUGCGAACGUCGUGUUCAAGCUAAGCAGCUCGAGAUGCAAAAUAAGCUUUGGGUGAAAGAUGAAAAACUUAAACAACUCAAAGCAAUUGUUGCAGAGGCAAGGACAGAAAGGCCUGAGAAACUGGAGAGAACACCAAAGGAAAAUGACAAGAAAGUACAUGUACGAUCGGCAUCUCCACCUUCAGUUCCUUUUCCUGGUAACAGUUUAGCAUCCCUACCCAUUAACCAGAACUGCCCAGUAUCUAGGCCACAGCUGCAUAGGCGCUCUAACUCCUGCAGCACCAUCUCUGUGGCCUCCUGCAUCUCCGAAUGGGAGCAGAAAACUCCAGAAUGGAACAGAAAUGGUAGUGCACUGCCCAAGAAUAAACGUAGACUGCCAGAGACUCCACAAGUUAGGCACUCCAAUUUCCAAGAGAGAAGUCAGGGAGUGAACAAGCUGGGCAGCAGCAAAGUCAACGGCUGUAGAAGAGAAUGCGGAGUAGACCAGGAUGGAUCCCAGCGGAAUGCACCACCUGUUCGCCUACGCCACAGACGGUCACGCUCAGCGGGUGGGGAACGAUGGGUAGACCAUAAGCCAGUUGGUAGCGUGGAAACAGACACUGUCCUACAGCCACACAUUCCCAAUGCCAUCACAGUGGCAGUGCCAAAUGAAAAAGCUCUGGCUAAGUGUGACAAGUACAUUUUGACACACCAGGAGCUUGCAUCGGAUGGGGAGAUUGAGACCAAGCUCAUCAAGGGAGACGUUUACAAGACCAGGGGUGGUGGGCAGGCCGUCCAAUUCACAGAUAUUGAGAAACUAAAACAAGAGACACCCGGCAGUACAAGAAAACGCAGAUCUUCACAAUCAGCACCCCCUCAACAAGAAGAGACUACAGAAUCGGAAUGGACUGAUGUGGAGACAAGGUGUUCUGUUGCUGUAGAAAUGAAGGCAGGAAGCAACUUUGGACCUGGAUAUCAGCACCAUGCUCAACCCAAGCGCAGAAAACCAUAAAUGCCAGAUACUGUAUACAAACUUCCUUCAACAGAAUAAUCUUGAGCAAUAGCGGACAUUUGUUGAAUUUCUGCAGGGUAGAUGAUACUAUGCAAGAUUAGGGUGAAUGUGAUAUCAAUGCUGUAAACAUUUUGAACUGAGACAGUAGUAAAUUUAGCUGGCUUGAUUUGUAUAUAUUUGAUAUUCAGGUGCCUUUUCAUUGCACACCAGAUUAUGUAUUUUACAAUAUGAGCAUUGUACUCAUUUUUACAUGUGGAUACAAAUUUUAUACCUUUCCCAUGUAGGUUAAUCAUGAUCCUUUUGUUUUGAGAUUUUUGUUCAAACAAAUGGCCAGUAUCACUGAAAGAAGAAACUUUUGUGUUUACAGAUUGGCUGUGGUUUUCAUAAGACUAUUUGGGAAAUUAUUUUUCUAAAUUGCAGCAUCCUAUUUGUGACCUUUUUUGGUUGUUGUCUUUUUAAAGAAAAGAAAAUAGGAUAAUGCUUGCCACAUGUAAUUUUUUUUUUUAAAAAAAGCAAUCAACAUUUGAUCACCAAACCCUGGAUAAACCCUGGCAUCACUUGUGUUUUGAGCUGCUGCUAUUGUUCAGUUGACACAAUGCACUUUAGAAUGAACCGUUUUUUUGUGUGUAUAUGCAUGUCAGCAUCACGGCAACAUCUUCUAUUUCUCAUACCAUAAGCUUUUCAAUAGCCAAUAAUUUCAUUAACUGUACAUUGUAAACAGUUUGACCUAAUAGACUUUUGCUUAACAUGUUUUUGUUGGAAAUAAUCUGAAUAUUUUAUUUACGUUAGCUAUUCAGUGUCUAAACUAUAAAUAGUCAAUUUUGAUUAAAUUGUUGAUACACUAUAACGUGAUGUUUUGUGUGGGUCUCUCUCUUCACCAAUAUGGGAAGAAUAGAAAAUAUCUGCUGUUGAAUUCAGCAUUUGAAGAUCUAUUUUAAUAGUUUUUCUUUUGCUUUGUGAAAAUAUUAAAAGUGCAUGUGCGACACUA